AUGCUGCAGCCGAGUCUUUACUACCUCACAUCCGCUUUGAGCGGUGAUAGCGUCUUUGGCAAGGCGACACCUAAGGCCGGUAGCAGCAUUUAUUCAAGCGAGUUGCUGAGAACUCCGCCCGGCGGUGACAUGCUUCCCAUGCCGCGGCUCUCCUUCUAUGAUGGCACAGCAGAGCUCACAACUCGGAACAGCUUCCUGGACGUGGACGUCCGCAGCAAGGAUGCGGACGGGGCCCGGCGCCGUGCCCACAGUGCUCCGCCGCGCGUGGCAUGCGAAGAGGCGACUGGCGAUGACAGCGACGAAGGAAAGCUGAUCUGCCACACGCCCAGCGAACGCACCGUGAGCACGGAGUACGGCGACUCCGAUGUCGACUUCGAAAGGCAGACGACAGGCUGCCCAGAGGAUCUGCAGAGCCUGGCGGGCUUGCAAGACGCGGAAGUUUCGGAGCACCAGAAGGAGGAUCUCACAUCGGUCCGCACAGUCAUGAUCAAGAACAUCCCAUGCCGAUGCAGAACCGACGAAAUUCUCCAUGCUGUCGAUUCCGUAGGUUUCGCCGGGACGUACGACUGCUUCUACCUCCCAAUGAACCGGCAGGGCAUGGGCUACGCGUUUCUCAACUUCACCGAGUUGGGUACCGCCGCAUGCUUCAAGGAUGCCAUUUCGGGCUACCGCUUCCCUGGCCGCAGGAGCACCAAGCGCGUGGAGGUGGCCCCCGCAGAGCUGCAAGGCCGAGAGCAGAUGAUGCAAUUUUUGAGUCAAACCCAAGUGAGCCUUCAUGUCUUCGGCCCGUGA